UGAAGUUUAGAAUAUCAAAUUUAAAAAAAUAUCAAAUUAAAAAAUGAAAAUAUUAAAAAAUCUGCGAACUGAAUGGUUUGGGCAUUAAGCUUAAGAGGAGGCGUUGGAAAGUGGAAGAGGUUCUCAAAUGCAAUCUGUGUAGAGAGAAUAAGGAUUAAUAAUUCAAAGGAUUCAAAAACAGCUCGGCCAAUUAUGGAACGGAAAUCUCCACAAUUUGAUUACUGUGACCCGAGUAGAUGGAGUGAUGAAUUCCCGACUUGCGGAGGACUCUCACAGUCGCCGAUAAAUUUGGAUAAUUUCAAUUCUCAGGCUGGAUCACUUGGGCCUCUUAUCUUUAAAAACUAUGCAAAACCUUUUGCUCAACCGCUCAGAUUGGUAAAUAAUGGCCGUACAGCUACCAUUAGAAUACCAGAAACUAGUCGCGGACCCUACCCAACCGUUACUGGUGGUCUAUUGCGAGAUGUCUACGAGGCGCAAUCGGUGCAUUUUCAUUGGGGCUCGCCGACUGGUGAUAAGGGCUCUGAGCAUGCUAUAAAUGGCCGUCGUUAUGAUGUCGAAUUGCAUAUUGUGCAUAAAAAUAUGAAAUACGGUAACAGAGAAGAGGCAAGACGGCAUCCAGAUGGUGUGGCUGUAUUGGCCAUUAUGCUGGAGAUUGUGGAUAAUCCAAAACAAGUCUAUCCGGGAUUAAACAAGGUUUUCAAUAAAUUACCAAGAAUUGUGGUAGCUGGAACGAAUGCAACUGUAAAUGAACAAUUAACUCUAAGCCAUUUUUUGGGUGACGUUGAUACCAAGAAUUUUUAUGCCUACAAAGGUUCACUUACCACACCACCCUGCUCGGAGGCAGUUACUUGGCACGUCUUCCCAAAACCCCUUUUAAUAUCGCGUGAUAUGAUCAGCAAAUUCUUCCAACUUAGACAGGAUAAUGGCACACCGAUUAUAAAUAACUUCCGGCCUCUACAACCAUUGAAUGGUCGUGCUGUAUACAGACGUAAAGGCGGUCGUUAGGUACAACUACAACUUUCCAAUCACAAUGGCGUUCCAGUUGGGAAGUGUUGGGCUUGGGCUAUCGGAACGACUCGGGCUUAUAUCCAGCCAAGGACUGACUAACACAGCAGCAUUCCGCAAGCAUUUGCGGCGAGUGUUUUAUGCUGUUACAAAAACAACCACAAUGGAUUUUAUUGGUCAAAACCUCCACCACCUAUAAUUUAGUGUAAUUUAUUUAAUAUUAAAGCGAUAGUAUAUAAUGCCAUGUGUUCAAACAAGAAUAUUAAGCCUAUAAAAUAUAUCGAAAAUAAACACAUCUUCCUCUUAGACUUAA